AUGGCGGGUCUGGGAAAGGCGAUGUACGCGGUGGGGUUCUGGAUCCGGGAGACCGGCCAGGCCCUCGACCGCCUCGGCUGCCGCCUGCAGGGCAAUUACUUCUUCCACGAGCAGAUUUCAAGGCAUCGCACCAUCAUGAAUAUCUUUGACAAAACCCCUCAUAUUCAUAAAGACGCAUUUGUUGCUCCAAGUGCAUCCCUUAUUGGUGAUGUUCAAGUUGGGCCAGGAGCUUCCAUUUGGUAUGGGUGCGUCUUAAGAGGGGAUGCAAACAACGUACAAAUUGGAUCUGGGACCAAUAUACAAGACAAUUCUCUUGUGCAUGUGGCUAAAUCUAAUCUAAGUGGGAAAGUCUUUCCAACAAUCAUUGGCAAUAACGUCACAGUAGGUCAUAGUGCUGUGUUACAAGGAUGCACGGUUGAGGAUGAGGCUUUUGUUGGCAUGGGGGCAACCCUAUUAGAUGGUGUCGUUGUUGAAAAGCACGGGAUGGUAGCUGCUGGAGCCCUCGUACGGCAGAAUACUAGGAUCCCUUGUGGAGAGGUAUGGGGAGGGAACCCCGCCAAAUUUCUGAGGAAACUCACAGAUGACGAGAUCGCUUUUAUUGCGGAAUCAGCUGCCAACUAUUCCAGUCUGUCCAAGGCACAUGCUGAUGAGAAUGCCAAGCCUCUUGAAAAGAUUGAGUUUGAGAAGGUGUUGCGCAAGAAGUUUGCUCACCAGGAUGAGGAGUACAAUUCCUCGAUCGGCGUCACUCGAGAGGCCCCACCGGAGCUGACGUCCCCAAAUCCAGCCCAAUAA